CUCAUUGUGGACUAGCUCUGAAUUCUUCCUCAAUAAUAACACUUCUUCUCCAUUUACUUCCAAAAGUAGAAGAAAUAGAAUUCACAGAUAGAGUUAUGGGAAACUGCUGGCUUAAGCCUGUAAAACAUCUUAUACCACACGUUUGGUUGUCAAAAUUUUUAUAAUAAAUAACUCCAGGUAGAUCUCCACAGGUAGAUCAAUUUAUAAUUUUUUCGAAAUGCUAUAAUUAUGGAAAAGUAAUCUUUGGGAAAGAGAGAAAGAGCAAAAGUGAUCAAGAAAAGUCAAUUUGGCAAAUCUUUUCGGGACGGAUGGAGUACGAUAUUUCUAUCUGUUAGUGUUUUCAUAGUUAGGGUCUUAGGGAAACGCAUACUCUGUUUUCAUAGUCAGGUGGUUCCUUCGAGUGGGCAUAUAAUUGUCCCAAAUUUGAAGCAUUUCAAAUUGGGUGAACUAAAGAGUUCAACUAGGAAUUUUAGGCAAAAUACUAUGUUGGGAGAAGGAGGGUUUGGAAAGGUGUUUAAGGGUUGGGUUGACCCCAAAACCUAUGCAGCUUCCAAAGUUGGUGUUGGCAUUCCAGUUGCUGUCAAGAAAUCCAGUCCGGAUAGCGAGCAAGGAUUGAAAGAAUGGCAGGCAGAAGUAAAGUUUUUAGGGAAAUUUUCUCACCCAAAUCUGGUCAAGCUAUUUGGAUAUUGUUGGGAGGACAAGCAAUUUCUUCUUGUUUAUGAAUACAUGCAGAAGGGAAGUCUAGAAAGUCAUCUUUUCCGAAAGAAGGGAGGAGAGCCACUUUCUUGGGACACAAGGAUCAAAAUUGCAAUAGGAGCAGCUAAAGGGCUUGUUUUCUUGCACAAUACUGAGAAGAGUGUCAUUUAUAGAGAUUUCAAAGCAUCCAAUGUUUUACUUGAUGGGGACUUCAAUGCAAAACUUUCCGACUUUGGACUUGCCAAGUUUGGUCCCGUUGACAGUAAUUCACACGUUACAACUGACAUCGUAGGGAUGUAUGGUUAUGCAGCUCCCGAAUACAUGUCCACAGGUAGCUUAUGUAUUGAGUUUAUAAGUAUUCUUGUAUAGUAUAUCAGUUUAUGUAAAUUGAAUUUUUUAGAUAGUUUCUAUUUAUGAUUGUUAGAUAAUUCUCACUAUUUUUUAUGCAAUACAAUGAUUUUUUCUCAUGAAUGCACUUUAUUAUUGUAGUUAUUGAGAAAAGAAUAGAUAAAAGAAGCAUAGUUGUGCAUACAAAUUUACAAAAUCCAAAAAGUAUAGUGUAGAUCAUCGGUGGUAACAACUAGAAUUGUCUUGGGACCAAAAAUGAUUUCUCUAUCUUAUUCAAAGAAAUUUUACUAAUAGAUUAGAUUAGUAAAAACAUACAAUUAUGUUCUUUUUUCAAAGUUUAGUGAAAAACAUUAAGCUUGCCAAUGCCAAUCUGCACACCAGAACAUUAAGGGGGCAUAUUUCUGAGUAAUUAAAAAUACCACAAGGCUAGGGUCAUUGUCCACCUGCAAUUUAAUUAUGAUAAAGCAAAUAAUUUAAACAUUUCCCACAAAAUAAGAGAUGGAAUGUAUAUAGUUGCAUGCAAUGAUGAAAUUCAACCCUUGAUAUAUAUUUUCAAUAUUUCCAUCAAGAUCAUAAUAUUUUCAUCCUUGAUGAUAUUGCAGGCCAUUUAUAUGUGAAGAGUGAUGUGUAUGGGUUUGGAGUAGUACUACUUGAAAUAAUAACUGGUAUGAGGGUUCUUGAUUCAAGCCGGCAACCCCAUCAAUAUAAUUUAGUCAAGUGGACAAAACCCUUACUUCCAAACAAAAACAAGCUGAGGAACUUAAUGGAUCCUCGUCUGGAGCAUGGUUACCCCUUCCAAGCUGCUUCUCAAGUGGCUGAGCUCAUCAUAAGGUGUCUCAACCCUCAAUGUAAACUCCGACCUGACAUGGAACAAGUGUUAGGGAAAGUAGAGAAGAUCAGUAAGAUGGAGAUGACUCCAAAGGAUUUGAAAGCUCAAACCAAACAUCUCAAGGAUGAGGAGCGUCGCCUCCGGAAGCGGUCAUCCACACUCCCAACCAACCACGGAGGAAUUGGUCAUACCGGUGGUGGACAUUCUCAGCAUGAAUAUCAAAGCUAUUAAAUAAAUAUAUGUAGAUUUAUACAAGUAAAUGUAUGGAGCAUGCUAACGUACUCACUAUGGUGCACGUUGAUGCGAUGAAUGAUCAUGAUUCAUUCAUCUAAAAUAUUUAGAUAAUCAUGGUCACUCAUCAUGCCAACAUACUUCGUAAUGAGCACAUUAACAUGCUCCAUAUGUUUUUUGAUGAUUAUACUCUUCAUUACAUUUUUCUUCCCUUUCUAUUUUUUUAUGCAUGUAAUAGCAUCCAUGAAGAAAUUGUGAGAAUAAUGGAAUGACUUACCCAAUUGGGAACCCUAG